AUGGCUGACAAAGAACUGGGCGAGGCCACUGUGAGACUGCGGGCUGAUAGUGUCAGCAUGGCUGACGACGAUGACGACAAUGUCAAUACAAAGGAGUGUCAAUACAAAGCAGGGGAAGAUGUAGAAAAUGGGGCGCAAUUUGGAAAUGUUUGUACUAGGUUGGGACGGGGUGUAAAGGAACUACUAUCAAAGAAAAUAGGAAUGCAUCAUCAAACACGGGACUUUGAGGAUCCUGAUAACUUGCGCUUGUACCAGCAGCUGUACAGCUAUGCAACUGAGGGUAAGAAGGGUAUCUUCAACGACACUAUUGCGAAGAAGCCUCAUGAUCCAAAUGCUAGCAUUCAGCUUCUGUCUCGACGGAGCCCCGAGAAUAACACAUUUGUUCACAUAGCUGUGACCUUCGGCCAUCCCAAACUAGCGGCCGAGAUCUUACAACUUCACAAGCCUCUUUUGUUAGAGAAAAACUUUGAGGGCGACACCGCGCUCCACAUUGCGGCCAAAACCGGGGAUGUAGAUACCACAAACACUCUUCUCCGUGAAGCACGAGGAACAACAGAUGUUGAAACUAAUGAUGAUGUAUUGACGUUGCUAAGGAUGAAAAAUAAUGAGGAAAACACUGCCCUACACGAGGCCUUGAUUGGAGGUCACCAAUCAGCAGCCAAGCGUUUGAUAGAGGCCGAUCCUGCCGUUUCACUGUAUACUAAUAAGGAACAAAAGUCCGCUUUGUAUCUGGCCGCUGAACAAGGAUUUGUUGAGAUCCUGAAGAUCAUGAAUGAAAGAGCAGUUGACAAGAACACACAAAUUCAAGGCAAUUCCCCUUUGCUUGCUGCAAUUCUUGGAUGCCAUAAUAAAGAAGUCCUAAAGAUAAUAUCAAACAUGGAAGCAAAUAUCUUGAACUCAAAAGAUGAGAAAGGGAGGACUCCACUGCAUUGUGCAGCAUCAAUUGAUUAUCUACAUGGGCAUAAAGCAAAGGUCAUGUCAAGAUUGUUAAAGAGCUGCUUCGACAUUGUCCCGAUUCAAGGGAAUUGA